AUGUUCUGGCGACUACGCUGCUACUCCUGCGGGACCCGCUCCCCUCACUCCAAAGGCACGCACGAGUUCCAGUGCGCCAACUGCGAGGCCUACAACUUCUACGAUACCGACGGCAACGUUGUCGACACUCCCGAUACUAUCGCCGCCCCGCCCGUCCAACCCAGCAAACACAGAUAUCAGACCUUCACCCGACCCCUCCCCAGGGAUGCGCCCCGAAACGACGAUGAGAUCUUCUGUAACCGGUGCCGCAACAACCAGCGCAUAUACACGGAAGCUCUUUCGAACGCUCUCCCAGACGAGGACCAUCCUGAGUAUGCCGAAUACGAAGCAAGGCUACCGCAGCUGAAGGCGGACCUUGAGCAGAAGUGGCCUCUCAUCUGUACGAGGUGCGCAAGCAAGGCACAACAGAAGAUUCGGCAAGCAGACUACUAUGGCAAGACGCAACAGGCAUCAAGGAUGAUGUUGCAGACUCGGAAGAAACGGGGUGGCAGCCCAGUCGGUCAAAGAGACGAUUGGGGCAAGUGGUCGAUGCGGAUGCUGUUGAAGGCAGCCGGAAUGGUUGUGUACGCCAGUCUGCUGGCUCAGAUGGCGUGGCAUGCAUACGGCAUUUUGGCAGCACUCACCGGCUCCAUGACCACGGAGGAUGCGGAAACCGUCGAGUUCGCAUUCGACCCCAGCGUCAAAGACUGCGCGAAACAGACUCGGCUGUUACACUUCGACCCGUCGUGUUAUCAGCUCUUCGCGACGCUGAUACCAAAGGCCCUACUCACCGGCCUGUGCUUGCUAUGGUACAAUCCCGGCAUCAGCAGCUGGUACCACCAUACUUGGCGCAUGGAAGCUGUCAACGGCCAGACAGAACAUUUUCGCAUUCAGGCAGUGCUCCUCAUAAUUCGACUUGUCGCCUGGAUCGGCUUAACAGAUGUCACUACCACAGGAGGGCUCAGCAAGCAGAAAUUGAUGGCCGCCCAUGGAUUCAUGAUUGCUUUCAUCGCCCUCUGCCAAUGGGUCAGUGAGCGCACCAUCAGCCCGCAGCGGUGGGUGCUUCGAGGCAAAAUCAUGCCCAAACCAGAUGAGGCCGAUUUCUUUGGUGGGGCGGCUGGUCCUGCUGAAGAACAGUACGAUCGCCAGGCGUCUUCUGUACCACCGCAGUUGCGUCUCUUUCCACGCAACGAGACACCGUUUCCGAUUGAGAGACUGGCACCACAACAGCCGCGAAGAGGCUACUCGAGACUUGAGCUGCCCGCAAAUCCGCCGCCUUCUCCACCUAUCACUGACGACGACAUGAUGGAUAUCGAUACCAACUACGAGCCUCCAACGCUACGCAGCGCACACAAUCAAAGCACGAAUCAAUCUCUUGGCUGGGGCGGCAUGCGCAACGAACUUUUCGACAUCCAUGACAGCACCCGCGCGCAGCAGGACCGCCAACGCCAACGUGACGAACAGCCCACCAAGCUUCGUUACCAACCGCCCAACGAACAGAACCCCUUCCGCGGGCGCCUGCCUCCGGCACCAAUGAGCAUGGAACGCCGCCUCCGCAAUCCACCCACCCAAGUCUCUUUCAAGAAAGCACCUUUGAGCAAGCAACAGGACUUCAUGAAGCAGAUGCGCGAAGGUAUUGAGAGCGGGAAGGGUUUCACCAAACCGAACGCAGCACAAGCCGCGCAGGGUGUUCAUGCAGCUUUUGCUCUAGAUGAGGAUAGUGAUUUCUCGCCCAUUAAGACUAGACGGGUUGCUCACUCUACCAGCAUGGGUGAAGUGCUUGAGGACGAGCCAGCGAAAAGCAGGACGAAGGGGAGUCUGGAUCUCAGACCGGGUAACUGGACGUUGAAGGGUGAUCUCGAUACUGCAACCGGGUUGGAGGACUUGUUUGGCGGCACGAGUUUCAGAAUUGCGGAUGAGAACGGUGUUCAGAAUGGGAGGGCUGCGAUGUCCGAGCAAGCGCACAGCUCUGUGGCCACUCGCGGCUGGGUGCUGUUGGCUGUGAUAGCUGCUGUGGCUGCCGUUGUCGUCGUCGAGCCAGUACGGAGGACAGUUUGUUUCUGGCUGAUUGCCAGGCUGGAGGCGAUGGGGUAUUGA